AUGCGCCUGCCUUGGGCCGCCUCUCCCUGUGGCCUGGCCUGGGGGCCACUCGUGCUGGGACUCUGCGGGCUCCUGGCAGUGUCCCAGCCCCGACGGGUGAGGGGGCCUAUGAAGGUGCCCCCAUACCACACGGAGAACCACACCUGCCAGGACCAGGAAAAGGAGUACUACGAGUCCACUCAUCGGGUCUGCUGCUCAAGCUGCCCCCCAGGCACAUAUGUCACAGCUCAGUGUAGCCGCAGCGAGAACACAGUUUGCUCCCCAUGCACCAAAAAUUCUUACAAUGAGCACUGGAACUACCUCACCAAAUGCCAGCUGUGCCGCCCCUGUGACCCAGUGAUAGGCUUCGAGGAGAUUGCACCUUGCACUAGGACACAGGGGACCCAGUGCCGCUGUCAGCCAGGAAUGUUCUGUGCCCACCGGGAUUCUGAGUGUACACACUGUGAGCUACUCUCUAACUGCCCGCCUGGCACUGAAGCAGAGCUCAAAGGUGAAGACAGGGAGACUGACAACAACUGUGUUCCCUGUAAGGCAGGGCACUUCCAGAACACCUCCUCCCCCCAUGCCCGCUGCCAGCCCCAUACGAGGUGUAAGGACCAGGGUCUGGUGGAAGCAGCUCCAGGCACUGCCCAGAAUGAUACUAGCUGCAGAAAUCCAUCAGUGAUGCCCCCGGAGACACCAGGAACUAUGUUGGUGCUGGCCAUCCUGCUGCCACUUGUCUCCUUCCUGCUCCUCACCACCAUCUUCGCCUGCACCUGGAAGAGCCAUCCCUCUCUCUGCAGAAAGCUAGGACUUCUGCUCAAGAGGCAUCCAGAGGGAGUGGAAGUCAAUGGUGAUGGAAGCUGGGAAUCUCAGAGAACCAACCCACAUUUCCCUGACCUGGUACAGAAGCUUCUGCCCAACCCCAAAGACUUGCCCGCAGCCUCUGUCAGUCACUCCGCAACUCCUGUGUUGGAGGACGAGGUGCUGCAACAGCGGAAUCCUCCAGGUCAGGCCAGAGAGCUUGAGGCCGAGCCUGAGGAGCAGGGCCCAGUGGCCCAUGGUACCAACGGUAUACAUGUCACUGGCGGUUCUAUGACAGUCACCGGCAAUAUCUACAUCUACAAUGGGCCAGUACUGGGGGGAGCACGGGGCCCUGGAGACCCCACAGCUCCCCCAGAGCCUCCAUACCCCAUUCCAGAAGAAGGUACCCCUGGCCCUCCUGGCCUCUCUACCCCCCACCAGGAAGACGGUAAAGCUUGGCACCUGGCUGAGACAGAGACACUGGGGUCCCACGCCCUUUGA